AUGAACCAUUGUAUAAGUUUAUUUCUACUUCUUAUUCCAUCACUAAUUGCUUUUGGCUUACUUGGAGUCGCAUUUAGUACAAAAUGGUGGACGAUCCCAUUGGAAAAAAACAUUCCUGAUGAACAUUCAUUAAAUAUGACAGAUGAUAUUCGACUUUAUUCUAUGUUAAUUCCAAUAACAAUGUCACGCGGCUUAUUAACUGAAUGCGUCGCAUAUCGAAAUAUUAAAAUUCUUGUUUCGAAAUCAUUCGAUUUUCGUAAAGAAAUUCUUCGUGAACAUGAACUGAAAUCAUCUCAUAGAAAUUGUUCAAAUGAUCAAUUUACAUGUGAAACAAGUACAACGAUUUCACAACCAUUUACACGUUGCAUUGAUCAAGGCAAACAAUGUAAUCGUAUUAUUGAUUGUGAAGAUAAAAGUGAUGAAUUAUCAUGUGACAGUAACUUUCAAGUAACGAAUUGUCCACCUGGUUAUGCAGAAUGUCUUGAUGGAAAAUCUUGUUAUCGAAAAGAGGAACAAACAUGUGAUGGUGUAUCAAAUUGUAUGGAUAAUUCGGAUGAAAAAGAUUGCGAUAAAGCAAAAUGUCAACUGAACAAACAUGUGUUUUGUUCUCGCGAAGAAAAAUGUACUCGACGCGAAAAUUCCUAUCGAUGUGAUGGUAUUGUGGAUUGUGAAGAUAAUUCAGACGAGGAAAAUUGUGAACAAUGUGAUGGAAAUUCAAAUGCGUUCUUGUGUGAUUCGAAAUGUUUUCUACUAAAACAUCGGUGCGAUAAUAUCGUUCAUUGUUCUGACUUUUAUGAUGAAUUAAAUUGUGGUGAUUACAACAAUAUAUCAUAUGUUCAACGUAAUAGUCAUCAUAAUGGUCGAUUUUGUGAAGAAAAACGUUUAAAUCCAUUCAAAAUCCAUCUUCCAAGCAUUGAUUUAUCACUACUAGAAUUAUAUCCUAGCCCGAAACAACGUACGUUCUAUCUUGCUACAAUUUAUUAUUCACAAUUAAUUGUUUUUUACUGUAUUUCAAGUGGAUUAAUAUGUAUUUUUCUUUCUAUAAUAUCAUUAUUCUUUUUUGCCUGCUGCCGUCAGAAAUGUAGACAUACACUAUUUUAUUUCUAUGGCUUAUGGAUAUUCUUAGCAUGCUUGUGUAUCUGCAUAGGCUUAUUAUUAUUUGCUUGUACAUGGAUAUGGAAAAAAGAAAUAUUAUUGGAUCAUGAAAAAAACUUACCUUUUGAUAUAAUGAUACAUCAAAGAAAUCCAUCUUUAAAAGAUUUAGAAUAUUUUGGUUUAAGUUUUUGGUUAGCAUGUGGUGCAGCAUUGGCAACAUUUCUUGGUUUAUUAUUAUCAUGUUGCUUUUGUUGUACAAUUGGCUCAUCACGUUCGGAAAAUAAAGAAUAUGAAAUAAUGCAAAUGCAUAGUUAUUAG